CUGUUUUGAGGUCUUCCAUAAUGUUGGCCCUCCUCAUCGGCUCGCACGAGACCUACUCGCUGGCCGCGCCAGUCGCACACGCCACGCGUGCCGCGCCGCCGGCGAUGGUGUUCCGGCAGGCGCUUUCGGAGAAGCAGACCGCGGCCAAGCAAGGCUGGUACUACGGGAAGGUCGUGCCGACGGCGGGCUUCCAAGCAACCAUGGGUGACAACGAGAUCGGGCGCCGCGCCAAGCUGUCCUCGUCGGACGAGGCCGCCACCCGCGACAGUGCCUCAGUCGUUGCCGCCGCAGAGAAGAGCUGGUACUACGCCGAGCCCUUCAAGGCAAACAGUGCCUACACGCCAGCGUUUGGUGACAACGCGUAGAAUUUGUUGGUGCUGGCAAGCGAUUCUUGGCGCUAGGCCGUCGCUCUGCAAAGGCCAAUGUUUGCCGGCCGCUGCCACGUUUCUUAUGGGUUAGAGACCAGCCGUUGCUGCGAAGCCAUGCCAUGUACCCGCUGGGGCACAGCGAACCACCCGCUCACAACUCCACGCGCGCACCCAACCGGACGGUCGAAAGAGUCCGAUGAUUGUAACUCAGGGAAGCACACGUCGAUGUGCGGUGUAUAGUGUGACUCUCUGUGAGAGCACAUCCUCUAGUCACUGGUGUGAUGUGACACAUGAAUCAUGAUUGUGAGGUCCGGUCUACUUGGUGUGCUAAGAAAGGUAAUAUAUCUUAAAAAAAAAAAAAAAA